AUGACAAAGACUCAAAUAGCCAUUAUUGGUGCAGGACUCAUUGGUCCACGCCAUGCCGAGGCCGUGGCCAAAAGCGCAGGCGCCCAAGUCGCGGCCAUAGUCGACGUUACUCCCAAGGGUAGUGAAAUCGCCGCCAAAUUCGGGGUACCCUUUUACUCUACCGUAGCAGACAUGCUUCAAUCGAGUGCCAAACCCGAUGCGGCCAUAAUUUGCACGCCAAACCACACGCAUGUGUCGAUAACCAAGGAACUCUUGGCCGCAAAUGUCCAUGUCUUGGUGGAAAAGCCCGUGAGCACCGACAUAGCGAGCGGCAAGGAGCUGGUCCAACUCGCCGGCACCGUCCCGGCCAAGACACUGGUGGGCCAUCACCGGCGGUUCAACCCCUACAUGGUUGCGGCCAAGGAGGUCGUGUCGUCGGGUUCCCUGGGGCGGGUUAUCGGCAUCAAUGGCAUCUGGGCGCUGCACAAGCCCAGUGACUACUUCGAGGCCCCGACCGACUGGCGGCAGGGCAGCACGGGCGGCGUCGUCCUCAUCAACAUGGUCCACGAGGUGGAUCUGCUGCACUACCUGCUGGGUCCCAUCACGUCCGUCCACGCCGAAAAGACCAUUUCGCAGAGAGGCUACGCGGCCGAGGAAGGGGCCGCCAUCACGCUGCGGUUCAAGUCCGGGGCGGUGGGAAGUUUCUUCAUUUGUGACAAUACGCCUUCGCCGUGGAACUUUGAGGCCGGCACGGGAGAGAACCCGCUGAUUCCCAAGACGGGCGAAAACUUUUAUCGUGUCUUUGGCACCGAAGCCUCGCUGAGCGUGCCCGACAUGACGAUAUGGUCAUACAAGGGUACGCAAAAGUCGUGGCACUCUGAAAUUGUACGCGAGCAGUCCAGCGUGCCCGACGGCGUGCCCUUUGAGCUGCAGGUGGACCACUUUGUCAGAGUCAUUCGUGGUGAGGAGGCCCCUAGUUGCACUGCUCAGGCUGGUCUGGCAGCCUUGGUCGUGUGCCAGGCAAUCAAGGACGCAUUAGAGGACAAUAGCACAGUCCAGAUUGAGAAGUAUGAACUUUGA